AUGGAACCUAAAAGGCUUAACCGGUUUCAAUCUGACGCUUCCGGCUGUAUCGCUAAGUGGGUAGGUCAAAGUUGCUGCAAAUGGGAUGGAAUCUCCUGUGAUAAUACCACUGGAAGAGUAACAGAGAUUAAUGUCCCUGGAUUCAUCACCUGUGAUGAUGCUCCUCUGCAGACUACUAUGGAAGAUCGAAGCUCUACCUCUCUGAUUAUAAUUCACCGGACCACUGCCAGAAAGUAUCGUGGGAAGAUUCCAGUCUCAGUAGCUAACUUGACUGUGAUUUCCUCUAUGUAUGCCAACACUCUUGAGGGAGCCAUCCCAUUUCCGACAAGCUGUUGUCAAAUAUCUUCCCUACGGCUUCUUUGGCUGCAUAAUAACUGUCUCACCAGAAAAAUAAAUCAAACUUUUGGGUGCCUGACAUCCCUUCAAAGAGUUUCCCUAUCUACAAACAAGCUUGAAGGGACUAUUCCUUCUUGUUUGGGUAACCUGUCAUCCCUAUCAGAGAUGUAUCUGAGCAGAAACCAGUUAUCCAGUCGAAUACCAAGAGCAAUAGGAAAGCUCUCCCAACUUCUAGUAUUUAACGCCUCUCAUAACAUGAUUCAAGCACCAUUGUCUCGUGAGAUUUCUUCGCUUUAA